AUGGGAGAAGGCGUUCCCAUCACCAACACCCUCUUCCCCCCUCCGCCAGGGUACUACAAGGCGUUCACUGCGCAGAAUGUCGCUCGUUUGGCAGCUUUGCGCGCGCAGACCAGCACCGCCGACGGUGAUGUCGACCUCGACUCCAACUCUGCCGGUCCAUCCACCGCUCCGGGCAAGGACAAGGACGGCAAGCCCCUCGCUGGCGUGGACGUCGAGGCCCUCGCGGCCCCCGCGCAGGCAGGCGAGAUGGACAAGCUAGUCGCCGAGCUGUCCCCGCCCCGCGCCGACGGGGUGCUCGAGGACGGCAGGUGGAUGCUGUUUGGGCAGAUGUACACUGCCGAACCGCACAUUGCCAACGCCAAAGAAAUCGGUCUGCCAGCACUCGUCUCUGACCCGGUGUCGGCUGGCGGUGACAGCGAGCGUGCGGCCCUCCCGACCCUCCUGCACAGUUUCCUGCACACGCUUCUCGCCCUCGUGGACGUCCUCACGGGCACGGCGCGGAUACCGGGCGAGUUGGAGAUGACGGGGCGCGCGAGCGAGGGUGACCAGUACGUCCAGCACCUGAGCAACUUGGCUGCAACGAUGAUGGUGUCUGCCAACCAACUUCGCGGGGUGCAGGCCGAGGCGACGCUCGUGAUGCUCAUGGAGAAGCAGCUCGAGGAGAGGCGCGCGCAGACGUCUCGUCUGAAAGAGUGGGUGUUCGACGCGAUCGGCGUAGCUGACCCGCCCAGGAAGUGUGCCGAGAUCUCUGCCACGAUUCGACGACUCAAGACUGCGUCCCUCGUCGAGGCCGGUGCUAGCAAGCCAGCAGACGUUGAAGCACCUGACGAGAGUGCGCCGGCGGCAGAGGGCGAAGAGAAGGGCGCCGACGAGGCAAUGGUCGUCGACUCGCUCGAGGUCUAG